AUGAACAACCGACCAGUCGAGCAAGCUUUGGGUAUUCUAGUUCCUACUCACGCCAAUGACCUACCGCAAGAGCUUCUCAGCUUGGCUUUGAGUCUGGUUGCACAGUCUCGAAGCUUCUCAGCCAGCUUGAAGCCCGAGGAGGAGAUCGCUCGCCCAUAUGCCUGUGCAGAAAUCGCCUGCAAGAGGCUAAGUCGAGCCCUCCAGCUGCCUCCAUUACUUGGUCAUCCUCCAUGUCCUCCGCGCGUAUACAAGAAGCUCUAUGCCUACCUCGACAAGUCUCUCUUAGCUAGCUCAGCAGGCAUCAAACGAUCAUCUAGUGACUCAGUAUCUGGCACACCAUCCCGAACUGGUACAUUCCAGACAACGCCGACCAAAGCAUCUGGCGUUGGAAAUACUCCUUCUCGGGCGGCGCCUACCCCCCGGGUUAUUCAGAAUACACCAUCGAAGUCUACGCCCUUGAAGCGGAGUGUCAGUAUCACGAAUAAGUUUGAUUCGCCGUCUAAAUCGGCUCGAAAAACUACAGCUGGCCAAUCCAAUGGCCUUGCUAACGCAACCAUCAUCCCCGAUGCCCCUGCAUGGGUCAUGACAGCAAUCCGAACAGUGUGUAAAACGCUUUCGACACCUGCUCCACGCACCAACACCUGGUCCCGGCCUCCAAUUUCACGGACCUUACCUCCUCAUAUUUUUGCCGGUGUCUCGUCGAUCCUAUAUUUGACGGCGAGCAUGUCGAAUGAUGAAGAAGGCAUGGAUGAAGAAACCUUGGAUUUCUUAGAUCCAAUCGUCUCCAUUCAGGCCAAUGAGGCUGAUUUCAAGGACCUUGUGUAUGCGAUGGUGGUUGCCGUUUAUUUCCUUGUUCUGGCCCGUCGACGAAGCCCGGCGCCUUCAGCAGACGGGGAAGAGUCGAAUACCGAAACUCAGAAAAUGGAUAAGAAGACAUUCACAGAGAUGCGGCAAACAGCAUUGACCAGUCUUGGCCUUCCCAACGAUCGGCACCAUCGUGAUGAUGUCGACCAGUGGAUUGCUCUGAUUAUGGAACAGAACUGGGCAGCCACGCAAGAGUGGUUCGAGAAUAUCCCGCUUGCUGGUGAACUACACGGUGAAGAUGAAGAGGGGAACUCAUAUCGUGAUCUUGACGAGGAGGAUGCGGCUUUCCGUGGCGUGAAGUUACCGAAGCGCAAUGAUAGCGCCAGUGGAACUGGAUCUCGCUCUGGGCAAGCUAGUCGGCCUAUUCAUGGCGGCCUGCUGCCUGGUCUUGGUACCAUGAUGCAAGACCGAGUAGACUGGCUGAGCGAAGACCGGCGAGAAGAUUUUCUGGAAUGGAAGGCGGACAUCUUGGCCCGUAUGGAGGGUGGCCAGAACAGAGCAGGUCGUGUCACUGCAUGA